CACCUGCUUCCAGAGAGGCAGGCGACGUGGGUGCGGGGUGGAGCGGCGUAAGCGCGCAGAGAUGCUGAACAAGCCGGCCGGAGGGCGGAACAUCCCCCCACCGGUAUCCGGGUCGGGGGAAGGUGGCCUGGGUCGCAGCCCCGAGUUCACGGCCAGCUCUCGCCCCGCCGCGCCCGCCACAGCCCUGGCCAUCCCGUGAGGGCAGCCGUUAUGGUUCACAGGCAGCCCAGUGGUGGCGCGAGCCAGGUCUCUGAUGUGCCAGCAGGGUCAGUGCUCAGGCCCCGCCCCGCCUGCCGCGGCCGCUCUCUCUCACCACCGACAAUUAACUGUAACCAGCGAAUUCGCCUAUGCAGCCCUUUGCAUAAAGCGUCACAGGUGCCCCUGGGCAGGAGAUGGCAGCUGGGCCUGGCCCAGUGGAGCUGCCUCAGUCAGUCUGUCCCACGGUACCAGUGCAGCCAUCAGCGCCUCCCGCUAGCCGUGCUCUGAAGUGACCCAGCAACGGCCCACGGUGACCUCACCCUGCUGGCUCACUGCUGGCCUUGUAGUGGUUUCACACCUACGUGUCAGCCCUGCACCACAGCGCACUGACCUCGCACCGAAAGGGCUUCGCUGCACCACCAUGAGCAUGCAGUAUCAAGAGAUCGUCACUCUGCGCACAACAUGGUACAGUCACAUAAGAACGUACGGACUGUAUUACACGUUCUGAUACCGUUUCCUCAAGAGCUCAUCGCCUUGCAACACUGCUGUUGCCACCUGCUCUGAUUACUGUAACUGAGAGCACAGGGAUCUGCCAGCUUGCAGGAUUGGGGACCAAGUUUUUUUUAAGUGUAAUAUGUAGGAUAGGAAUCCAAGUUCCUGUUCCAGGACUGGGUACACACAGGAGGGAGAACAUCACUUUGGAACACUAACUUCUUCCUUCUGAUCAACUAGACCAUUUGCUUUUCAAAUACAAACUGUCUGAAUAAGUCAUACUAUGCAAAAAUGGUAGAGUGCUGUGCUGGAGGAAAGAAGGCACAAGAGACAUGGCAGGCAGGCAGGAGAAAAGGUUGGCUCUUGUGAGGCUCUGGGAGUUUGAAAGUGAUUUGGAGAGAGCAGAGUCUGUGUCGGAUGGAUGCUGAACUGGAGCCAGCCUGUGUUGUGCAGCAGGCCCACUGUCCAGGGAUGAAGUGCCCUCCUUCAGAAGACUUUCCUCCCCAGAUAGGGCUGUCUGAUAAGAUCCCACCGGUAAAGCCUUGCUUCAAGAAGAAGCAGCAAGUGCAGAAGAGGCUGGACACAGAAACUCUCAGGGCUUUGCGGCCAAUCUUCACCAGUUUGCUGGGAGCUGGGAGCCUGGAUGGGGUCUUUGUGCACAGAGGCCAAAGUGGAGGUCAUAGCAAUUUAUGUGAACCCGCUGUGAAAAAGGCCCUAGGACUCAGUGCCCCCUGUCCCCAGCCGGGCAGCAAUGUGGCUGUGCUGAUGCCAGGAACUUCAGAUGUGCAAGGUCAAAUUCCAGAGACUCAUGCACCUCCUGGUCACCCUGAGCAGGAGAUUCAGUCUGGGGUUAAGGGCUUCCCAUCAGAAACCAAUCCUGGGACUGCUGCUGAUUCCACUAAUGAAUCAUUCCAGCAUCACCCCUUUCACUCAGUCUCAAGUGAUGCUGCAGCCUGUCCAGUGUGCCCAGACAAGAUACUGGAAGACUACACAUCUGGAUUAUUCCAGGAGAAUAGCUGCUUGAUGCAGUACAAUUUGAACCCAAACGAUGAAUUCAAUGCUGGGCUCUUUCAGGACAAAAGUGAGGAGGCUUCACUUGAUCUUGUGUUUGAACUUUUGAACCAGCUGCAAUAUCACACCCACCAGGAGGAUGGGAUAGAGAUCUGUGUGGAUUUUCUGCAGGGCAAUUGUAUUUAUGGCAGUGACUGUCCCAAGCAUCAUACUGUGUUACCAUAUCACUGGCAAAUCAGGAGGACUGCUACUCAGACCUGGCAAAGUGUGACCAAUGACUCUCAAGAGCAUCUGGAAAGACUCUACUGCAACCCAGACAAUGACAGGAUCAAAGUGAGGUACCGGGGACAUGAGUUUUUGGUAGAUCUGAAUGUUAUGAACUUGUAUGAAACCAUUGAGUUUGACCAAAUGCGGAGGCUGUCCACACCAUCCUGCACCAGUUCCAAUUCCAACUACUACACAAUCUGGAAAUACUUCUGCAGGGACCAUUUUGGCUGGAGAGAGUACUCAGAGCCUGUUGUACGAUUGAUAGAAGAAGCCAACUGUCGGGGUCUGAAAGAGGUCCGGUUUGUUACCUGGCACAAUCAGUAUAUCUUGAACAUCAAAGAUGGCUUCCAACAAAAUGCAUGUUUCCGAAGAGAAAUCAAGAGGAGACCCCUUCUUCGCUCAUGUAUUGUGCUGAUGCCAUUCUUACAGACUCUGGGUGGCAAUCCUCCAAUACCUUCUACAUCAGCUGAACCAGCCUCUUCACAAGUCUUAUCUCCGACUGCUGUUACCUCUCCAAACCUUUAUCCUGAAACUUGGAUUAGUAUGGAUCCAGCUCAGGACUUCAUCCAAGUGCCUGUUUCUAAAGAAGAUAAAAGCUACAGAACCAUUUACAAUCUGUUUCACAAGACUGUGCCAGAGACCAAAUAUAGAAUUUUGAAAAUACAAAGAGUGCAAAACCAGUUUCUCUGGGAGAAAUAUAAAAGGAAAAGGGAAUAUAUGUCUAAAAAAAUGACAGGGCUUGACAGAAUAAUGAAUGAAAGGCACCUGUUCCAUGGUACCUCCCAGGAUGUAGUGGAUGGAAUCUGCAAGCACAACUUUGAUCCACGAGUCUGUGGGAAGCAUGCCACCAUGUUUGGACAAGGCAGCUACUUUGCUAGGAAGGCGAGCUACUCUCAUAACUUUUCCAAAAGGUCACCCAAAGGAGUUCAUUACAUGUUUUUGGCGAAAGUACUGACAGGAAGAUACACAGUGGGCAAUCAUACUAUGAGAAGACCGCCACCUGUGAACCCUGGCAGCAUCACCAGUGACCUUUAUGACUCUUGUGUGGACAAUUACUUUGAACCUCAGAUCUUUGUCAUUUUUAACGAUGACCAGAGCUACCCUUAUUUUGUUCUUCAGUAUGAAGAAGUUAGUAACACUGUCUCCAUUUGAAAAUCCUCCAUGCUGCUAAAUUAUUAAUGAUGAUGAACUUUUAUCUGACAUUUUGUAGUAGUUUUUGUGAAAAAAUAUGGACUUUGCAGAACUGAUUAAAGUUAGUGGCUUGGAAGAGGGCUUAAAAAAAUAAAAAAGAAGAAAUCCUGACGUGACAAGUUGUGCACUUGCUGUUUCAUUAUGUAUGUGCAAAUUGUAAAUAUUUUCCCAUCCUUUUGUUAUAAAACCUUGUUUAUUUAUGUUAGUAAAUAUUCAUGUUUAAAAAAAGUUUGGGUCAAAUUAUUUAAAUUAUGCUGUGCUUAUGCAUAUAAUUGUUGGUUCAUAGUUGACUUGAAUAUUUAUUAUGCCCAAAUCCCAAAAUCUGAAACUUUUUUAAAUGCAGGAUCAAGAUACUCUUGGUUGCAAGUUAUCACAAGAAUUGUCCGAGAAGCUCUCUGAACGAAUAAUGUUGACUUUUAAACAAAUUUUGGAACAUUAAGGAAGUUCUUGAGGACUGAAGAAAAAAAAAAAGGUAAUAUGCCAAAACUUAAAUAGGAUAAAUAGGAUGACACAUAGUUUAACUGACACAUUUAAUUAACAUAGAUCCUGGGCAAAAUUAUAGAAAGGCUGUUAUGGGAUGUCGUCCAUAAAGAAUGAAGGAUGGUAGCAUAAUUAGUGCAAAUCAACAUGAUUUCAUAGAAUCAUUGAAUUGUAGGACUGGAAGGGACAUUGAGAGAGGUCUUCUGGUCCAGUCCUCUGCACUCAAGGCAGGACUGAGUAUUUUAUGGGAAAUAGGUCUUGUCUAGCAAACUUGAUAUCUUUUCUUUUAUGGGAUUACAAGUUUGAUUGGUAAAGGUAACCGCUGACAUUCUAUAUUUGACUUAGUCCUGUGUGACAUUCUAAUUUUAAAACAUUAGCUGUCUUCAAAAUCAGCGUAGCCCACAUUAAACUGGCUAACUCAUAGAUCUUAAAAAGUAAAUGUAAAUGAGGAAUCCUUAUCCUAUGAGAUGUUUCUAGUGAGGCCCCAUAGGGAUCUGUUCUUGGCUCAAUGCCAUUUGAUAUCUUUAGCAACGAUCUGGAAGAAAAA